CAUGCUGCACUAAAGGAGGCUAACAGUUCCGAGGAAUCCGAGUGUGAUGACCUUGAUCCUAAAACUAGCAUGGAGUUGCUAAAUCCAAAUUUUAUUCAUGAAGUUCCACCUGAAUUUCUUAUUCCCCUGGGAGAUUUAACGUGUGCAAUAGGAGAAACUGUCAUAUUACGUUGCAAAGUGUGUGGGCGACCAAAACCUACCAUUAGCUGGAAAGGUCCAGAUCAGAAUGUCCUCAUCAAUGACAGCCGCUACUCAAUAUCAUUCAGCGACUCAGGCGAGAUCAUGCUUAAAAUCUGUAACAUCAUGCCACAGGACAGUGGGAUUUACAGCUGUCUGGCAGUAAAUGAGACCGGAUCAGCAUCGUCUUCAGCUACAAUCAAAGUGCAGGGUGUGCCAGCAGCACCAGGUCGCCCUUUAGCCCAGGAGAGAAGCAGCAGCUCAGUCAUUCUCAGGUGGCUGCCUCCAGCCAGCACAGGAAACUGCACCAUCUCCAGCUACACUGUCCAAUACAGGGAAGAAGGAUCACUGUCAUGGCAGCAAUCUGUAGCAUCCACUUUGGACACCUACCUUGUGAUUGAGGACCUGAUUCCAGGCUGUCAGUACCAGUUCCGCGUCAGUGCAAGUAACCCCUGGGGAAUCAGCUCACCGAGUGAGCCAUCUGAUUUUGUUACACUCUCUUGUAGCAACGACUCAACAACUGAUGAUUCAAGAAUACCAUGGAAGGAUAACUUUGAAUCUGCUUACAUCGAGCUAUUCGAAAUUGGAAGGGGCCGCUUCUCUGUUGUGAAGAAGUGCACCCAAAGAUCAACCAAGAGGGAGGUGGCUGUCAAGUUCAUCAGCAAGAGAAUGAAAAAAAAGGAUCAAGUAGCUCAUGAAGCAGCAAUGUUACUGAACCUUCAGCACCCACAGUUCCCCACAAUAUAUGAUACAUACGAACUACCUACCACCUAUAUCUUAGUGCUUGAACUCUUAGAGAAUGGUCGCCUACUAGAAUUUCUGGUAAAUCAAGGGGAACAUUUGGAGGAAAGAGUUGCUUUUUACAUCCGGGAUACACUGGAAGCUCUUCAGUAUCUGCACAAUUGCCGGGUUGCUCAUUUGGACUUGAAGCCAGAAAACCUGCUGAUUGAUCUCCACACACCCGUGCCACGUGUCAAGCUCAUAGAUUUGGGGGACGCUGUUCAGAUCACAACCCAUUAUUAUGUCCAUCAAUUGCUGGGAAAUCCUGAAUUUGCAGCUCCUGAAGUUAUCCAAGGAUCCCCCGUUUCACUGAGCACAGACAUUUGGAGUGUUGGAGUCCUGACUUAUGUCAUGUUAAGUGGCGUGUCCCCUUUCCUGGAUGAGAGUAUAGAGGAAACUUGUCUGAAUAUUUGUCGACUGGAUUUUAGUUUCCCCGAUCAAUAUUUUCAGGGAGUCAGUGACGUUGCAAGAGACUUAAUAAGAGCUUUGCUUCAGGGAGACUUCCGAUGGAGACCCACAGCUGCCACUUGUUUGCAGAACCCUUGGCUCCAUCCUCACAAUGACAGCUACUCCAGAACUCCACUGGAUACCUCAAGAUUGGCUCUGUUUAUCGAGCGACGUAGACAUCAGAAUGACGUGCGUCCUGUCAGUAACUUGAAGACCUACUUACCAAGAAAUCUAGGAUCAAGGAUGUGAAACUUCAGAUGGAUGGUUUACAUCGGUGCCCUGUACUCAUUGAGUUACUAACGUGCUAAACAGACAAUGUACUGGUAUCAGUUGCUGGUGUAGUGAGACUGAGCACAAUUAGAAUAGAUUUAAAUUGGUGUACAUCAUUCUAGAAUAUUUUUGAAGCACCAUCUUCAAAGGCUUUCCGCAGAAAAUUUAAAUCUUUUAAAUUUCUGAGUGAUGAUAUGCAGUUUAACCCAUUGAGCACUGAAAUAUGUUUGUAGCUGUGAAAUAUAGGUUUGUAUUGUGUAUAGCGUGUGCAAAUUUGAAUCCCGGAAAAUUCUGCAAUGAAUCCCGAAAGGUGUUAGGCAAAAAAAUGUACAGAAUGAUGAGUACAGUAUUUUCUGAACAAAGC